AUGAAAGAUGUAAUAAAGACCAAGAAAAUUGAAGAAACCCGAAACAGGAAAACGAGGUCCGUUUUCUCCGCAGCUUCAUCUCCAGCGAGAGCUUUCGGCCAAUCAGAAGCACCGAAAAACGAGCCGAUCAGAAUGAAGAAGAAAACUAUGUCCGUUUCUUCGCCAGCUUCUUCUCCGUCUAGGGUUUUCAGAAAGUGCAGCCAAUCAGAAGCAUCACCGAAAGACGAGUCGCCGUCAAGAAUGAUGAUGAAGAAGAAAAGUGCACCCGUUUCUUCGCCAGCUUCUUCGCCUUCCCGAACUUUCGCCACGUGCGCUUCUCCUUCGCCGAGACAAGUGUCGGCCUGUCAUUCGUCGAUGGAGAAUAAUUCUUCUUCGUCGCCACUGGACCCGUUCGGGCGGUGCUCGAGACUCGGUAGACAGACCUCACUUCCGGACGUGACUGUGGGCCCACAAAGACCUCAUCUAGAUCGUGUUUCGUCUCAUGUAGCAUAG